UGGCUUCAUUGGCUUGAUUGUACGUGAAGUUUCUGUCGUUGUCGGUGAAGGGGCUCGCAUUGCCGUCGAUUUUUAUCAAUUUAUGUGAUUUUUCACGAAAUGGGUGGCUACUGUGUAGUCAGCAACUGCAAGAACCGCGGGGGACACGGAUUUCCAAAGGAUAAAAGGCUCAGAAAGGCUUGGAUUGAUCGCAUCAGAAGAGAGGCGAGCUGGGCACCAAGCAACCAUUCCAAAGUCUGUCACGAGCAUUUCACGGAUGGGGAUUAUUUGCAACGGACGGCUUUUGGUGCCAAGCCAAUCAGGAAGGAGCUGAAGCCAGGUGCAGUGCCUUCAGUCUUCUGGCGGAAAGCUGAUCGCCAGGAUCAAGGUCGAGAAGUCAGGAAGAAAAGAAGACUAGCUAAGGAGUUUGAGGAGGAAGUUGAAAGGCGCAUGCAAAGUGAUCCAGCUGAGGAACAGGUGCAGUUCUGGAUUGAUGAAUUUGAGAGCGAGGAGACUGUGCCAGAUCCUGUCAUUGAAGUUUCUGUUGUCACCACUGCUGGAGAUGACAUCAGUGCCACUUCAUCUGGUGAAACUGUUGUGGACGAAACAGUAGGUGAUGCAAGCUGCCCACCAACUGAGACUUGCCACAAUCUAGAGAAUGAUAAGUGUGUCGGCGCUGAUUUUCGCUCUGGAUAUUUGGAUAUCAAUAAUCUACGUAGGCCGAAUGACUUAACUGAGUUGACAGGCUGUCCAGACGAAAAGCAGUUUCACUUGUUGGUUUCCAUGUUUGAGCCUGAGUACAAGAGGCAAAAAUGUCUUUCGCAAAGGAUUAGCCCAAAUAAUCUGUCCUUCUCAAACAAGCUUUUUCUGACGCUAGUCAAAUUAAAGCACAACUUCACCUGCAGGGUGUUGGGGGUGAUGUUUGAUGUCUCAGGUAGUACGGCUGCGGAAACGUUCCGUUUCAUGAUAGCACUGAUGCAUCGCGUGCUGAGCCAAAUAAAGAUUUGGCCCACGGAUUAUGACCAAAAGCUCCCUGUUGUGAUAGUGGACUGUACUGAACUGAAGAUAACCCGUCCAUCCAACCCUACUCUUCAGUCACAGACUUGUUCCACAUAUAAAAGCACAAACACUGUGAAGAUACUGAUCGGUAUAACACCCAGAGGUGUUAUAUCCUUUGUGUCUGAUGCUUACUCAGGCAGUGCCUCAGAUCAACAAGUGUUUGAAAGAAGUGGAAUUAUGCUGCACUUGAGGGAGGGAGACAUGGUCCUUGCUGACCGAGGGUUCAAUGUGCAGCACUGCUUGGCAGCGAAGGGUGUGAAGGUGAUCACACCCGCCUUCUUGAAAGGCAGGGCUCACCUACUCCCCUCAGAAGUCAUCAGGUCUAGAAUGAUCACACGACAGCGCAUCCAUGUGGAAAGGCUGAUUGGCUUGACAAAAGCAUAUGCAUUUGUCAGGGGGCCUAUUCAUUACAAACAUGUGCCCAUCAUCAGCCAGGCAUAUUACGUCGCUAGUUUUCUGUGCAACCUCCGCCCUUGUAUCGUUACACGUUGAGGAAUGUGAUGGGAGGCUGAUUAGUUGUCUCACGUGCCUCAGAAACGUGUUCAUGGGAUGUGAUUCACAUGCUAGUUUCAUUUUACGGUAGACUGCGUUUUGGGCAAAUGAAACAGGUGUCUGAGCAAAGAAGUAGUAUUGCAGUCAGUCGUGACCGUAUGUACAUGUUUGGAGACGUCCGCAGGACCCUGCCGGAUAUGUGUUGUCUGUCGUUGCAAAAUAACCGUGUCGUACUCGAGUCGUCGAGUGUGUCGAGUCGAGUGAGAAAUGUCGAGUGUGCUGAACCGUCCUGUGGAUUGUUCAAGCCUUGGUUCAAACUACAUGAGUUGUACCGUCUACGUUAACCUUGGUCAGGACCGUGUGCGUCCUUUGCAUCCGACGUGCGAUUCUGUGGCAUAAUUCGAUGUCAAUGACUAAUGAAUACAUAUUACAUGUUAUCCUU